UGACCCUCAUUCUGCGUAAACCUCGUAAACACUACGGAGAAUUUUUUCAUCCUUUGUUUUGACUGGAGUAAACACUUAAAGAAGAUUAUUCUUUAUUGCAAAGGCGUCCGGGAAUACGUAUACGCAUUAUUUCUCUAUCGUUUUGGGAAUUAUUCUUGCCAAUUUAGAUAUUUGAAAGAGAUACGCACGCUAAGCAAAUUCAUUCAGCGUAACGGCAUGUCUGGACGACACAGAAGGGUUUCAAUCAGAUCGGUUAAUGUGACAGUCGAAAUGGGAAAGGACCAAGCCUUCAGACAAUUGUAUUCAGAACUGGUGUCUUGGAUUCGAAAAGCAAGCCCAAAAGCAGAGGUGACAGGAGCAAUUUCAGACGAAGAAGGUGCUUUUGAAAUUCACUGUGAGGGGAAAGUUAUAUUCUCCAAAUUAGCAAGACAUGGAUUUCCUGUGUUAAAUGAAGUGGCCCAAGUGGUACGUUGCAUUAGUGAAAGCAAGCCGUGGCAAGAAAUCACGAAGAUUAACCGCGCUAAAUGUCGCUGCGGUCACGAAGAUUGCAUGUGUGGUAUCAGUAUCAUGGUGAACAAGGCGUCGUGCCCCUGUGAAUGUGAUGGUGAAUGCUCCGGCGUUUGAAACCGCUUUCAUUUGCUGCAGAUUGUUUCAUCUUCGCUGCUUGUCAUGCGAGAAAUGUUGUAUAUGAACAGACAGAAGUUAAAGGAUUGAGAAUUUUAUAGAUUUGUGUGUGAUAGAACUGUCAAGGGGGCCCCUUACUAUUGUCAGUAAAUUGGUCAUUUCCAAAUUGAUACGUUUAUUAACACUUUUUGUUGUUUUCAUUUGAGACAUUUUGUCAACUAGUUGUCAGUUAAGAGUAAACGGCUUCAGUAAUCGUUUGACCCCAUUUAGACCUUACUUCAAGUUUGUAAAUUAUAUCAAUUCUACGAUAAGAAAUUAAUUCAUAAAUAUAUUCUAGCUGUGUUCUAAUACAC